AAGCUCUAGUAGUAGGUGGUCUGAUAUUCUGCCAUUUGUUGAAUUGGAUUUGAUGAUUUGAAUUUGUUUCAUUUGUUUUGUUGUUUCAUUUGGUAAUGUGUAAGCCAAGUCAUUGCAAAUUUACAACAAUCGCUUUAGCCGAAAUGUGCCGAGAUCUUCAUGUGAAAGAGUUGGCCUAGUUGAUUUAGCGUGCAUAAAAAAAAACUCCGGGCCGGGCCUCAAUGCAAUUGCCGUUGACACGUCUGCAAGCAAGCAUAAACGUGAAUCGGUUUGGGCGGACAUAUUUUAGCGAAAUGUUUUUUACUUGUUCUUUACUUGCAAUGUCGCAAUAUCUGUUUAAAUAAGGUAUAUGUUCUUAUCCGUCGCUGGCACCAGGUGACGCUCUAGGCCUUCUAUCCAGUACGGCACUGGCAGCGCUGCACAAAGUCCCCUCAGCCAUCAGGCGUUUUUCCUCUUUCCAUCAAUAACCUCCAAGUGUGAUAUAGCCAAAUGUAUGACUGGCCGAUCCGAACACGUGAUUCUUUUUAGCCUUCCCAUAUUUGGGCAAUGGAGAAAAAAUAAAAAAUUCCCGCACCUAUAAAUCGUGGUCAUUUUAGGAUAACCCUCUCAUGAACUUCAAAAGAGACACAAAUCAAACGCAAUGAUAAUAACAUUUAAAAAGUUACAAGUCUAACCAACAUGUACACAUAGAUUAUAAGAUAAUCGUCAUACAUCACAAACGUAGCCUAUAUGUGAGGUAGCCUAAUUAUUCAGACCGUAGCCUAUGAAUGCUUCCAUUUCAUAUCCUUUGCGUUUUGUCUUGAAAUGAGUUCUUACGUAGCCAACUCGUUGUUCAAGCAAACUCACCAGACUGCAGCUUUCGCUCUGCACAACAAUGGCUACGGAACUAACCCUGAACUCAAUAGAUCCGACUACUGUUAUGGAGGGCACGAUCACCGUGGGUCAUUCGCGUCACAAUCGUCCUCAGGUUUGGGCAUGGGUGAGAUGAACAGAGGGCUGCAUGGCAAUCCGGGUGACCCGACUUCAGGGCCAGAGUCCUCCGCAUUAGAGUGUUCACAGAGACGACAGAAUGAGCACUCGAGUGGUCGAGACUCUCUAAACUUAGGACUUUAUCGUCGCAAAUCGGAGAUGGACUCGGAUUUUGGUCAAAUGGCCAUCGCCAAGACUCAUACAGACGAGAUAAAAGUGGGAACUUUGCAAUCUGUACAACCAUCGAGACAAGCGAACACUUCUUCUCGGCCACAGACCUGUGAACAGCAACCACAAAUUUAUCCCUGGAUGACUAAACUACACAUGGGCCACGAAGCUGAUGGAAAAAGAUCAAGGACGAGUUAUACACGCUAUCAGACUCUAGAGUUGGAGAAAGAGUUCCACUUCAACCGCUAUCUGACGCGUCGCAGGCGCAUCGAGAUCGCCCACACACUAUGCUUGAACGAGAGGCAAAUCAAAAUUUGGUUCCAGAACCGACGAAUGAAGUGGAAGAAAGAUUCAAAGUUAAAAACAAAGGAGUCGAUGUGAAACAGCAAACCUUCAAUCGUUAGACUACGUUUCAAGAUGACUUUCAGUAACUUGAAACAGUAUACACUUCCUCAACUUUCUGUGAUGUCAUUCAGUAUGUAAGCCCAUUCAUUCUGACAAUUAAAGACAUUUUGCGUAACUAAUGUAAACGUAUGUCUUUUUGGGAAUUGGAUGUCUUCAUUUUCCAUUUUAGAUUACCUAUCUAAGAAUAUAAUAGUUUGUUGUUGUUGUUGUUGUUUUACUAUUCCUCAUAAAUAAUAUAUUGUUUCUGAAACAAUGCUUUCUUAUUUCAAAUGGGCUUUUUUAGCCUUCGUGUAGCCUAAGUAAUUAGUGCACGUGCAAAUCACUGUGCCAAUUUGAUCAGUGGGUUUAUAGUGCGAUUGUUAUCAUUAUGAUAAAUGAUUGAACUAUUCACUUUAGCAUUUAGAUAUUCAAAAUUGCGUGCAUGUGACAUCUCAUACUGUCUCGGGAGUUGUCAUCAACAAGUGAUUGAUUGUGUAAAAUGAUUAUGAGCAACUUGAAAUAAGAAUAAG